AUGACGACCUCGACUCCUGCAAGGAAAGGGAAAGUUAAACCAGCUUUAGAGCUGGUUGGCUCUUCUAAAAGAAACAGUGACUAUAACCUCAUUAAACUAAAAUCAGAAACUCCCAUCAGAAAGUCACCAGGAUGUAUCCCUGCUGAAAGAGAAUAUGGGACUUCAGCCAACAACAAGCCUGUUGGAGCAGCUCCAGAGAGCAGUAAAGCAGAUUCAGAAGGCAAGCAGGAACCAAGGCCCCGAAAUGGAUCAAAGAAAUUUUGCAAGAUUCCUGCAGCCAAGGUUGCUGAGAUGCUGCAGGAGGAUCAAGACAAUGUCAGAGCGUCUGAAGAAGAACAUUUAGCUGAUUCAAUGAAUAUUGUGCCUGACUCCCAGCCGGUGAUGAAAAAAGACAAGACUUUGUUGCCUGGCCCGCUGACUAGCUUUUCCAGGGAUCAGGAUUUCAUCUCUAGACGCAGAGUUUCAGUGUCUGGGGGUGUCUCUCUUCUCCUACAAGGUCAAUCUUUCCAGAACCGAGUGUCCAAACAGCGAGCCUUCUCCGCGGCUUUCAAUAACCAGUCACCUCCACAGCUGCAAAGAUCCAAAGAGCCAAGCCAAAAACAAGUACAAGAACAGCUGGCUGAAAAACUGGAGAAACCCAACAAAGAGAAGAAACAGAAACGGAAACACGAAGCUGAUGGCAAAAGGUCUUCUGGGGAGACGAGAGCUUUGGAAGAAAAUCAGGCUGCAGCGAGAGGCAUCGAGGGACAAGGGCAGGCACCUCUGGCCGUAGAGGCAGAGAACAGCGCAGUACAAUGCAGCAAAUCUAAUAAGAAACCUGCAUUGGGCAGCUCCAGAAAAGAAGCAAUACCCCAGGAGAUGAGUCCAGCUAGAAAUCAUAGAGUCUCUGUGUCUCACAGACAGGAGAAUCUUCAAAGAGGAAGGGAGAGAGAGAUGGAAGUGUCCUAUAGGGAAAUGAAAGAGAAGAAAACCAAGUCCAUUGGAAAAGAUUGCAUUGGUGUGACAGAAACAAUGAUUAGCUCUAUUUCAAGCAAGUAUAGAACACAGACAGACCCUUCUGCUUUGAACAGGGGUGAUAUUUACAAUUUCAGCGAUGAGUCCACAGGUAAUCUUGGGGCAAAUGAUACAAGACGCUUGGAAAAAUCAGGAAAAUCAGACAAAAGUGGGAAAUCUGAAGAAUCCAGAAUCAAAUCUGGCUCCCUAGAGAAAGGUGAAUGUAAAAAGCCUGGAGGUCGCUAUGUGAAGAAGCACCUGUUCAGUGACACAGACACAGAGCCCAGGCCGGAUGACAGUAGGAAUGAGGUCAGCUGGCUCCAGGAUUAUAACAGGAGGCCCAAACCAAACGUUGUGGACUAUAGCAGACAGCGGCACGACAAGCCGCCCCCCAGUCCUGGCAAUGAUGAAUCACCAGAGUUCCCUCCAGCGAUUCCAAAGCCACGGAAAGAAAAAGCAAAAGCCAAAAAGAAAGUGGGAGGGAAUGAAAAUGCACAGAAGGACAAAGCAGUGCCCACCAGGCAGACAGGGAGGCCACAAAGGGCAGCUGCCAAAGGCCGUCGGUAUUGGGAGCCCUCGGAAUCAGGGAGUGAUGUUGAAUCAGUGGCAUCGUCACAAGAAGAGGAGCAGUCUGUUUAUAAGCCUAAGCAGCAUCCAGCUAAAACAAAUCAGGAACGGAACAAAAAGGUGUCUGCACCUCCAGAGCAGAAGAAGAGUGCUGGUGCAUUGCCGCAGGUUACAAUGCUUAAAGAGCUGCAGAAAACAUGGAUAUCGCAGUUCUCUCCUUUAACCUCACCUCCACCGUCCAUAGAAAAGAUGAGAUGUACAGAGAAGUCGAAAGUAGUUGCAAGACCCACUGUUGCUGCUGCUGCUGCUCCAGCUCUGCCUGAUUUAUCCCCCAAGCCUAAAAAUCCCCACGAGACCACAAAACAAAUCCAUCCCAAAAAGUUAUAUAAAUCAAAUAAGAGUAAGCUGAAAGCACCAUCCCCUCCUCCAUCUGAGGCAGCUGCCAAGUCACCAAAGAUCAUAGUGCAGGAUAUUGAUGAUGUGUCACCUCUUUUAAGUCCAGUGGUAAUGCCCUUACUCACCUCGACUAUUCUGAAGAAGUCUUUGGUUAGUGAGAAGGAUCUGGAUGAGCAGAUGAAGCCAUGUCUGGAGAUCCAGGAUAGCCUGGAACAGGCUGCCUCAUCGGACAACGAAUGUGCCAUAUCAGUCGGAUCACACAUCAGUUCCUCUGACAAAAUAGCGCUGUACGCUGAGAGAGAAAAAACUCCCUCUUCUUUUGUGAUGUCUGAAAGUAGCAGAAGACAUGGAGCCAGAAUAAAUGAAGUCCAUGUCUCAGGACCAUCAGUGUCCUCCUCUGCAACCCUGAAGCGGCUCCAUGUAGACCAAAGUGAAAACUGUUCAGAAGAGGAAGAUGAAGAAGAGGAACCAAAAGAUAAAGGGUCCAAACUGAGACCCAGAAAACUCUUUAAAUCAGAUGCUUCAGCCCGCUGCACUGAAAUUGCGACAACUUCAACCAUUAUAAGGAAGGAAAUGUAUCGGGAGGAUUGUGCCAGCAGCUAUGAUGAGGAAGAAGAAGAGGAAGAAUGGAGUGAAACAGAAAGAGAAUUAACACUUAGACCCCCAAAACUCUUACAGAUGGAUGACCAAGAAGUGCAGUCCACCAUCUCCUCUCACAUGGUGUCUACUGUGGACAUGAGCUCCUGGGAGACCAGUGGAAACCAAGACAUGGGGAUGAUGUGUCAGAAAUUUAGUACUGAUUUAAAGAGGAAAUUCCAGAAUCGCUCCAGGAAGAUGGAGUAUUACACCAAGCAGUCACUGCAGUCCGUGCAGCAGCACCUCUCCUCUGUGAGCGUGCAGGUUCGGGAGUGCAGGGUGCAGAAACUGGAGAGCUUCAUGGGUGAGAUCAUGGAUGAGCUAAACGACUUUGAAAAGGACACUUCGACCUUGAAAAACAUGGAAAAAGAACUCACUAACUUUUGGAAAAAGCAGACUCAAGAAUUGACUUCUUAUCAGGAGAAAGAACAAAGGAGAAUUCAUCACCUCAAGACUUCCUUUGAAAAGAAUGUACGUCACAGUCUUGAGUAUGAGGGGAGAAUCUUCACCUCUGAGAUGCAUUUGAUGAGGAAGGACAUGAAUACAGUUCAGGAGAGGUUUCUCAAGGAAAUGCAAGAAGAGGAGCUGCUUGGUGUUCGCAGAGGACUGCAAUCACUGUUUCUGCCCGAAGGCAGGAAAUUCUAAGUUGAGCGCCGGCUCGACAUUUUGUGAACAGCAGACUUAUAUAGUUGUUUCUUUCUCUUCUUCGAGUUUCAGUUUUUGUGUUCUGCAUUUACACAAAUGAGGAGACCCAGCUGUCAAGAAAUUGUUGUGUGUCUUUGGUCACUCAUUUCUUACAUUUUGCAUUAAGACACCAACAGAGCAUUUUUUGAAUACCAUGCAUCUUCUCAUACACAUUGCAAAUCGUUCCACACUGAUAGACAAUUCUAAUGCAAAAUUACUAAUAUAUUACCAGUAGAAGGGUGUUCUAAUAACUGCACUAAAAACAUAAAUAAAGCUAAUGUUAAAUAUACAUUUUAACUAAAAAAAGAUUUUACCACAGAAAAUGGAAUGAUUUCCAAUAAA